UUUACCUACAUCAUCGUGAUCGUCUAGAUAGGUACGAAAAUUGAAAAUAUAAAUUAAAACGCUACAUUUAAUUACACAAACUCCGACAAAAUACAGUUAAUAAUUAAUAACUAUUUGAUUAAUUGUAUUAUUUUAUCGUACAAAGUAUUCAACAGUUGAUGUAGUAGCAAUAGUAAUUGGUAACUAGUAUGUAAUAAUUAUUAAUUUACUUAUGUCGGGUCGGUUAUUGUGUAAUUACCAAAAAUAUUAUUUUUCGAGCUACUAAUUUAAAUGUGUCGACAUGAAUUGUUAUUGAUUCUAAACAAAACCUAUACAUACUGAAAUAGUGUGCAAAGUAUAGAAGCAUGCAUAAUGAAAAAUACAUAUUAUAGAAUCCGGAAGACACACCUACAUUAAAAGGAUGUAGGAUGGAUAGCAGAACACUAAACAUUGUCAUMAUCAGUACUUUUACUAUUAUUACAUUUUAGUAGGUCAGUCAGUCGACCGGGAAAAAAACGACUAGAAAAUGUCAUUUGAAUUCAACGCUUUGAUGGUUAGUGAUGACGCUAAUAGAUUGGAAGUCGCUGAACUUUCAGAAUUUAUUGAAAAUCGACUUUAUUUUAUGGUGUUAUCUAAUCAUAAAGGUCCAACAACACUUCAAAAUUUUAAGGAUUGGAAAAAUGCAUUGAAGGAUAACGAUGUAUUUUAUUUAAAUGUUGAUGACAAUUUAGUGUAUGAUGGUUUUUAUAGUGACUUUGGUCCUUUAAAUUUAGCUAUGAUAUAUCGUUAUAUUGGUAUACUACGAGAUAAGUUUAAAGUUUAUAAGAGAGUUAUUCACUGUGCUCAUAUUGGUGAUCAAAAAAAAAGGUCAAAUGCAGCUUUUCUUAUUUGUUCAUAUUUGGUAAUUGAAUAUAAUUGGACAGCACACCAAACAUAUAAUAUGUUAUCAAAACAAUAUAAACAUAAAUAUAUUCCAUUUAGAGAUGCAUCAUGCUUGUUGCAAUCAGAAUAUUCAGUGUCAGUUGAAGAAUGUGUAAAUGCCUUAUACAAAGCUAAAUGGUAUGGAUUUUUUGAUAUGAGUGACUUUGAUUUGGAUGAAUAUGAAAAAUAUGAGACUGUGAAAUAUGGCGAUAUUAAUUGGAUUGUUCCUGCUACCUUAUUGGCAUUUUCAUCACCGCAUUCUCGAGAUUAUAUAGAUAAAUCUGGCUAUCAGAUACAUUCCCCAGCUUACUAUUACCCAUAUUUUAAAGAAAACAAUGUCAAGCAUGUUGUUAGAUUAAACAGUAAAAAGACGUAUGAUGCUAAACGUACCUUUGUAGCURUAGCCAAUAUUCAACAUACAGAUUUGUUCUUUACUGAUGGUACACCACCUUCAGAUUCUAUACUCAAAUGCUUUCUACAUCUCUGUGAGCAAUAUAUUGAUGAUAGUUGUGAAGCUGAACAUACAAAUAAUGAGAAAUAUGAAUCAAAUGAAAUCACUCCAAACAUAAUCAUAAAUAAUGAAACUAAUGUAGCUAAUCAUGCAGGUGCAGUUGCUGUACAUUGUAAAGCUGGAUUGGGAAGAACUGGUUGUUUAGUGGCUUCAUAUAUUGUGAAGCAUUGGUCAUUUACAGCAGUAGAAGCUAUAGCAUGGACUCGUAUAUGUCGACCUGGUUCAGUAAUUGGUGUGCAACAACAAUGGCUUAUCAAUAAAGAAAGUUAUCUUACAACUCUUGGUAAACAAUGGCGAGAAAAACAAAAAAAUGCUGUCAACAAAUAUAAACGGUUUACAAAUGGGGUGUAUAGUGUUAAGCGACAUACUUCCAAUUCUAAUGCUUAUGAGUAUGUAGAUCCUCCACCUCAGUUACACAUUAGUAACGAGGAACAAUUCAUUAGUGGUGGUGAUAGUGUAAUAGAAUAUGAAAAAUCUGAAGAGUACAAACAAACCAGAAUAUCAUCUGUUUUAAAAAAUAAAUUGAAAACGGACAAUCAUGCGCUUCCUGAUAUCCAAAGUGAUGUAUCUGUACCAAAUGUACCAAACUUGAGACAAAAGAGAUCAGCCUCAAAAACCGAAGACCCUAAGCCUAAAAGUACAUUUUCAGCAUUAAAAAAUAUUCGUCGAGUUACAAAUGCAUCUAUUGGAAUGGGUAUGAAUAAUCUGGUGAAGAAAAAUAUUGCUCCAACUUCAGUUACUAUCACAAGAAGUAAUUUAAAGACUUCCAUGAUUGGAAAAAAAAAUACAAAACCUCUAACUGCAUGUAAAACUAGCACCAAAACAACAAAACCAUCAGAAACUGUCACAACAGUAACAAACGAAACACAACCAUCUUAUGCAUUAGCUACUGUGGCAUCUUCUGCACGUAUGUCAAGGCGUCUUCGUAAUCAAAACUGCGUUACUAAAUAAAAAUAAUGAGCACAUACAUUACACCAAAUGCAAAGAGUUUAUGRAGAGUUAAUCAUUCUUUUAUGAACAAAAGUAUCGCAUAGAGAUUUAGUUCUUUAGAACAGCUAAAAUGAUUGAUUAGAUUUUUGAUGGUCUUAGUCUUAAAGUUAUUGAAAAGUUUCAUUUUGAACUCAAUAUUGAUUUACCAUGGUUGUCACUUAUUUAAAUCAGUCAUAAAUGCAUUAUGUUAUACCUAUUGUGUAGUUUUAUUUUAGUGCUGAAAACUGGACAUGGCUACAGGGUGUCUCCAGAGGAUUUACCCAUUGCGAUAUCUCACGAAAUAAUGGAGAUAUCGAAAUUCUGGUUUUAUAAUAAGAUUC